UUCAACAGUCGAGAUGGAAUACGAAGCCUCACUCAGCAGCAGUGGGAUUACUUUCUGCUUGCAGAUGCGGGAUGGAUGAACCAUCCUGCAUCUGGUCACGUCCCAGGCUUUCAAGAAGGCGUCAGUAGAGCGUGUAUUGCAGUGGGUGGUGAUGGGUGGGGACGUAGAGAGAUUUUAUACGCGGUGACCACCACCACCACCACCACCCUGCCCCUGCCUCCUAUAUAAAGCAGUGACUCGCAGACCAGGCGAUCUUUUUCGUUCUCUGUCUUCUCCUUCACCCCUCACCGUCCGCCCGCCACCAUGAAGACCAUCGUGUUCGUCCUAGUGGGGAUGGCCGCCGCCCUGCCCAGUAUCCAGCACCCACGCCCUCGCCGGGACUCCUCACCAAUGUUCUACAGUCUCCCGUCAAACGCCUCUCUCAUCCUGGGCGGCGACAUCCACACGGGGUUCGAUUGCGCUGACUUGCCUUACGGUUACUACGCAGAUGAGGCCAACAACUGCGCCGUCUUCCACGUGUGUUUACCGUACAUUAUCUUCGACGAGAUUGUUACGCGCCACUUCUCCUUCUUCUGCGGGGAGGGUACCAUCUUCGACCAGGAGCGGUUAGUGUGCGCCGCACCUGAAGAUGCCCUCCCCUGCUCCUUGGCCGCUGUCGCACGCUCCACUAAUGAAUACUUCGGGCGCAGGGAUAUCAAUUUCCUCGAGUAGGCUCAUUCAAGGGCUUGUCUUCUCUCAGCAGCGUGUGUCUGUGUUACCAUCCUAGAGAUAAGUUGAUACAAUAAACUUCUAACCGAACUG